GAAGCUGCCACCCCAUGGACAUGCCCUCAACCGACAUGGGCAUGCUGGGAAAAAUUUCAUCGUUAUUACAGUGAGAAGAAACUGUUCUCCCCCAAGGGCAAUAUCAAUCGUGGAUCUGUCCGCGCAAAGCUCCGCCAAGAGGCUACUGCGAAAAUGACAACCUCCAACUUACCCGAGGCAUCGACUGCCCAGCUCAUUUGA